GAGGAGGGGGCACAGUGGUCCUCAGCCAGCCCUGGGUGGGCAGCGUGCCAGGCUGAGCACAGGAGGGGCAGUUCACACCCGAUGCUGGCUUGAGGUCCGCCUGGCUGUCUUCGGCGGGUCAGUGCUAUUAAUAUCAGGCCAGUGCACGGCCCCCAGCCGGGUGAUCCUCUUAUGCCGGUAGCCUCGGCCUCUGAGGCCAGCGGUGAGUGCUGUUGCUUCGGCACGGGCUCCCGGGGCCUCUCACCUGCUGGCCCCCCGCCUCCCAGGGGACAGCCUCUGCCAGCCAGGGCUUGGACCCCACUUCGGCUCCUCACCUGCUGUGCUGCCCACCCAUGGAGGAGCAGUUCCGGGGGCUGCUGAGCUGUCCUGGGGGGCUGCCGGGGGUCUAAGAGGCGGCGCGAUGAUGCCCUGCACACACCUGGGAUCACCCUGCUGUCCCGGUCUCCCCUGUGUCCUGGCCAUGAGCAGCCCCCCGGCUUACCCUGGCAUUAGGGUCUCGGGGUGCUGGACCCUUGGAGCAGAAGGCAGCAGCAACGCGGAGUCCUUGGACAGGCUUCUCCCACCCGUGGGCGCCGGGCGCUCGCCCCGGAAGCGCACCACCAGCCAGUGCAAGUCUGAGCCGCCCCUGCUGCGCACCAGCAAGCGCACCAUCUACACGGCGGGGCGGCCGCCCUGGUACAACGAGCACGGCACCCAGUCCAAGGAGGCCUUCGCCAUCGGCCUGGGAGGCGGCAGUGCUUCUGGGAAGACCACUGUGGCCAGAAUGAUCAUCGAGGCCCUGGACGUGCCCUGGGUGGUCUUGCUGUCCAUGGAUUCCUUCUACAAGGUGCUCACCAGGCAGCAGCAGGAGCAGGCCGCCCACAACAACUUCAACUUCGACCACCCAGAUGCCUUUGACUUCGACCUCAUCAUCUCCACCCUCAAGAAGCUGAAGCAGGGCAAGAGUGUCAAGGUGCCCAUCUACGACUUCACCACCCACAGCCGGAAGAAGGACUGGAAAACGCUCUACGGUGCAAACGUCAUCAUUUUCGAGGGCAUCAUGGCCUUUGCUGACAAGACACUUCUGGAGCUCCUGGACAUGAAAAUCUUCGUGGACACGGACUCUGACAUCCGCCUCGUGCGGCGGCUGCGCCGUGACAUCAGCGAGCGGGGCCGAGACAUCGAGGGUGUCAUCAAGCAGUACAACAAGUUUGUGAAGCCCGCCUUCGAUCAGUACAUCCAGCCCACCAUGCGCGUGGCGGACAUUGUGGUGCCCCGGGGGAGCGGGAACACAGUGGCCAUCGAUCUGAUCGUGCAGCACGUGCACAGCCAGCUGGAAGAGCGUGAGCUCAGUGUCAGGGCCGCGCUGGCCUCAGCGCACCAGUGCCACCCCCUGCCCCGGACGCUGAGUGUCCUCAAGAGCACGCCGCAGGUGCGGGGCAUGCACACCAUCAUCAGGGACCGGGAGACCAGCCGCGACGAGUUCAUCUUCUACUCUAAGAGGCUGAUGCGGCUGCUCAUCGAGCACGCGCUCUCCUUCCUGCCCUUCCAGGACUGCGUCGUGCAGACCCCGCAGGGCCAGGACUACUCGGGCAAGUGCUACGCGGGGAAGCAGAUCACAGGCGUGUCCAUCCUGCGGGCCGGUGAGACCAUGGAGCCUGCGCUGCGGGCCGUGUGCAAGGACGUGCGCAUCGGCACCAUCCUCAUCCAGACCAACCAGUUCACCGGGGAGCCCGAGCUCCACUACCUGCGGCUCCCCAAGGACAUCAGUGACGACCACGUGAUCCUGAUGGACUGCACAGUGUCCACUGGCGCGGCGGCCAUGAUGGCGGUGCGGGUGCUGCUGGACCACGACGUGCCCGAGGACAAGAUCUUCCUGCUGUCGCUGCUCAUGGCGGAGAUGGGUGUCCACUCGGUGGCCUAUGCGUUCCCGCGCGUGAGAAUCAUCACCACGGCGGUGGACAAGCGCAUCAACGACCUCUUCCGCAUCAUCCCUGGCAUAGGGAACUUCGGCGACCGCUACUUCGGGACCGACGCCGUCCCCGAUGGCAGCGAUGAGGAGGAAGGGGGCUCUGCGGGGUAGCCGCCCACCCCGCCCCCAACCCCUCCUGCUUCCCCGGGGCUUACAGAGUAGAGAUGCUAACUUAUUUGAAUUAAAAAACGUGUUACCGGUGUACCUUGUCUAAACAUUUUGUAAAAUAAAACUUGAAAAUGAA